AUGGCGGUCCGUCCAGGCGAGGAGAACGUGGCUACCCUUUUCGGAGACGUACACUAUUUCUAUGGGCCGCCGACCGAGAAUCCCCGCCACCAUCGCUUCGACAAGGGCUCUUACAUAUAUCUGUUCGAGAAUGCGCACGAUCGGAGGGCGCGCAUAGAAGUCGCAAACCAGCCUGGCACUGAUGACCAGGACGCGCUGGAUGGAUUCUUGGAUCAUACUCGAGUGAGAUACUCGUACAACCAGCAAGUCCUGGUGACCAUCACAGUCGAUGGCGUCCAAGGCGCACCAUUCGACCAGAACCAAUGGCAUCUACCAACCUACGAUCCCCGGAAUGAGAACAAGUACCACUACAAGCUUCACUCGCUGGACGUCUACUUCUGGACCCAGGCCGAUGCACUCCAAUUCGUCAACGGAGUCAGGAGGGUUCUCCCGCCGUCUCAAGUCGACGUCCUCGACGAGCCAGGCCCACCGGUUCAUGCGCCGCCCUCUCAUUCUCACCAUCACGACGUGAACCCCCUAGUUCAGAAGCUGGAGAGGGCUGCUAUUUCUGGUAGCUCGCGAGGCACACCAAACUCAUCACAAGGAAUACCCUCAUUUGCGCCUCCUCCAGUUUCCGCCGUCCACGGGUCUUCAGAACCUCCCACAAGCUUUCAGCCGAUGGCAUACAACCCUGCUGCACCAGCUGCACCCGAACCGGUCAGACACCGUGAGAAGACGCCUCCGCCUCCGGAGGAUGAUGGCUACGAUCCCCUCAGGGCAGCAGUGGCCGUGGAUCAUGCGCAGCCCUACACUCCCGGGUAUGGGCCCAACGGGCCGCUCAGUCCCGGCUUCCCCGGACCGCCAACAGCCGGCCUUACGAGUCCCGGCUUCCCGCCUUCGCAGUUCGGACACCUGCAGAGAUCCGCCACCAUGCCCGCUGGUGGCCUGGCAUCCCCCGGUCUGCCGCUGGCAUCACCAGGUCUCGCGAGCCCCUAUAGCUCCAACUUCCCGGGGUCUCCGGGGUUCGCUCCUCCGCCUCCUCCGCCGCCCGCGAGCUCGCAGGCCCGCCCGACAGGCCCACCUCAUACCCAGUCCCAGCCCGUAGUGCAAAGCCCCGGCCUGCCACCCGGUGGGUUUUCCAAUUACAACUAUAGCAACCCGGUGGGCGGCGGCAUACCGCAAGGUAGUGGCUAUGAUAUCCACUCGCAGGUCUACAGGCCGUCGGAGCACGAGCACAACGUCAAGUACAAACCGAAGCCGGAAGAGCGGAGUAAAAUGGGCCAGAACGCGGAUAGGCUCGAGAGGGGCGUCACGGGCAUGUUCAAGAAGUUUGAGAAGAAGUUUGGGUAG